GGGGAGGCGGGCAGCCCGCCUGCCGCGGGCUUCGUGAUGCUGGGGAGGUUGGCCAAGGCCCGGGGCCCCCGGAGCAGCUCAGCCACAUUCCAGCUGCAGAUGCUGCAGAUCGUGUGCAGCGAGUCCUGGGCAGAGGAAGACGUGUGCUGCGAGCUCCCUGCGGCGGAUGGAGAGACCUGCCCGGCCUUCCCUUCCGCUUCCGCCUGCACCUGUUCUUCGCAGACCCCUGGGCCCCCGGGGCCCCAAGGACCUCCGGGCCUCCCUGGAAGGAUCGGAGCCCCAGGAGAGCAGGGCUUCCCAGGGCCCAGGGGGGAGCCUGGGCCACCUGGACAGAUGGGGCCUGAGGGUCCUGGAGGUCAGCAGGGGUCCCCAGGGACCCAGGGCCGAACCGUGCAGGGACCUGUGGGUCCGCCAGGGGUCAAAGGAGAGAAAGGGGACCAUGGGCUCCCGGGCUUGCAGGGCCAUCCCGGUCACCAGGGAGCCCCCGGGAAGGUCGGCCUCCAGGGACCAAAGGGAAUGCGAGGCCUGGAGGGGAGCGCUGGCCUGCCUGGACCUCCGGGCCCGAGGGGCUUCCAGGGCACGGCGGGGGCCAGGGGCACCGGUGGGGAGAGAGGACCCCCAGGGGCCGUGGGGCCCACGGGGCUGCCAGGACCCAAAGGGGAGCGAGGAGAGAAGGGCGAGCCACAGUCCCUGGCCACCAUCUACCAGCUCCUGAGCCAGGCCUGCGAGUCUGCCAUCCAGAGUCAUGUGCUGAAGUUCCACUCCUUUCUCCGUGAGAGCGCCAGGCCCCCCAGGCCCGUCUGGGAGGCCCCCAGGCACCCCGGCACACUCAGUGAGGCCUGGCUCCCUGGAGAAGGGGGAGAUGUUGGCCCCCACCUUGCGAACAGAGGCGAGCCCAGAGCCCUCAGUCACAUGGGCAGCCCUCAGCCUAAAGGAAGCGAGCCUCCGGGACCCCCGGGAAGAAUAGGACGGUUCCCGUGCUGCCCACAGUGACCCUGCACCCCUCCCCGGACUCUGGGCACCGAGAGCGGCUGUGCCGGCAGGAGGAGCGAGUGCGGGAGGGACCUGGGAGUGGAAGGAGGGCGGUGGGGAGCCUUUCUUUUGUACUGUUUUCUA